AUGGGUACUGUUAGUAUGGAGACAGACGAACAAAUCGUGCCUCAGGGUAGUUCUUUGGUUGUUUCUAAUGCACCAAACAGCUCUGGAUUGACGGUUGCAUUGCAUCCGUUGGCUCUGCUCAAUAUAUCCGAUCAUUAUACAAGAAUAAAGAUGCAACAACAAGUUUCACAUCCAAGAGUCAUAGGGGCUUUGCUUGGGACGCAGUCAGGACGCGAAGUCGAGAUUACAAAUUCUUAUGAAUUGGUCCAUGUUGAGAGCGAUGGGAAGAUUAUUGUGAGCGAGGACUAUUUUACAAACAAACAAGAACAAU